AUGGCCGACGACGACUUUGAUCUGUACGGCGAGGAUCUCGGAGGGACCUACGGCUCGUUCGGAGCCGACGGCGAGGACAUCUAUGGGGACUUUUCAAAGUCCACGAAAAUCUACAACGAAAGCCUGACCGGCAACGCCGACUCGCUAGACCCUGCCGCAUCCAGCCCCAAGGCCACCGGUGUGGAUGACGAUGCAAGACCAAAGCCCGCCACAGAAGACGCAGGAGCAUCCGGCGAAGGGCGCCUGGAGGAUGAUCCCAAGCAACCACAUCCGUCGAGCGCAAGCACGAGCCCCGAGGCACUAACAGUACCGGAGAAGCACACCGGUGCCGCAGCGCAUCCGCCGCGAUCGCAGCCCGCACAUUUGGGCAACGGCAGCAGGUCACUGUUUGUGCAGGAUCUCACCUGGUACACCACGGACGAGGAUCUGCGUCAAGUCUGUGUCGAUGCCGGAGUCGGAGACCAGGUCCUGCCUCUGGAGAUUACGUUCCAAGAACUCCGUGUCAACGGCAAGUCCAAGGGUAUCGCAUACCUGGAAUUCACCAACCCUGAGUCUGCUGCCGUCGCGAAGGAGUUUUUCGAUAAGAUUGUCGUGUAG